AUGAAACCCGGCCGUAAACUAUUUAAGAAGAAUUCCUUACCCAUUAACAUGUUAAUAGGACAAUUCCUGCUCUGCUCACUGCUUAUAAAAUACGUACUCAGUCAGACGUAUAAUACAUGUAGGAUAUCACCACCAUCUACAGGGUACUCUAUAAUAAAGUACUACAGGGACCAAUGUAUACACUGUAAGAGUAUAGCACCUAAAAUAGAAAAGAUAGUCAAUUCAAUAGAGAAACAGCAAAUAGACAUAAACCUGUAUAACGUAGACACAGCCACAUGUACGGAUACAUCAGAAAUAGAAGUAAUACCCACAGUAAUUAUUAAUAAGGAUGGAAAACAGUUAUUUAAAUUUUCAGGUGACAUGCCGUAUGAAAAAAUUAUUGAAAUUUUUGCAGAAAAAACAGGUUUUAAUAAGAAAAUUUUUGAAAAACAAAAAUCUUCACCAACUGAAUUAUUAACACUUUCCAAACAAGAUUUUUUAUCAACAUUUUCAGGUCCAUGGAUUGUUUAUUUCAAUAAUGGAUAUGAUCACGUAAUUGAAGAUAUCUUAUUAGAGACAUAUAAAUCAUUCAAUGGAGAUAUAAAAAUAGCAAGAUAUAUAGGGGUAGAUAAGGAAAUAGUUGCUGGUAGGUACUAUAUAUACGACUUCCCAGGUAUUUUAGUCAUGUACGAUGGUAUCCUUAUGAGGUAUAACGGUGAAAUGACCCUGUCCGCAUUUUAUGAGUUCUGCAGUAGACUAAUUGAACCAAGCUUUAAGGAAAUAACCAGUGACCAACUGACAAAUAUAACAGAACCCACUUUUGUCGUGUUCUAUUCAGAUAUAGUAAUAGCCAACAGGGCAUUCAGACGAAUAUCACACGAUUUAAAGAUGAAUGCAGUAACGUACAAGAUGAAAAUAGAAUCAGCUGAGGAUACGCCCAUACUUAGACUGGCCGUAUUUAAGAAUAAUAAUAAGUUUUAUUAUGAUGGGGACAUAAACAACGAGGGAGAAGUAAGAGAAUGGUUAUUUCAUGCACACUUCCCGAAUAUUUCAAAAUUAGGCAUGGACAACUUUUAUUCAAUUUUUCAUGGGUUAAAGCCUGUUGUAAGCAUAAUAACUGAUGGGAACAGUUCUGAAUUAGGCCUAUUUGAAGAAAUUGCCAUGGAGAGUAAUCGUGGGAUAUCUUCAUCUCCUUAUGUGUUUACGUUUAUUGAUAAGGGGGAGUAUCCUAAAUUUACUGAGACUAAUUUCGGGUUAGUCGGGUUAUCAUCAAUAAUUGUGUUUUUUGAUCCUGAGAAGCAGGUUUUUUAUGGCCGGGGUCGGAAAUCGAAGGAAUCUAUAAAAUCGUAUUUUGAUGAGCAAUUAGCGCAGUAUAAGGAGGGGACACUACCGAAGUAUGUUAAGGUUAAGCCUAUUUCAUAUAAGUAUGGUAUAAUUGGUGUUUGUAUGGUUGGUGGUAUUUGUGGUACUAUUAAAUAUCUUACAUCCAGGAAAAAGAAGGUUUCGAUUGAAUAA